CGGAGUAAGAAGCAGAAGAAGAAGUAGCAGUAGUUUUCGGUGGUGAGUUUUUAAAACUCAGAAAAUAAAAAAUAAAUAAAUUUAAACACAAAACAGCGUUAAACUCUCAGAUUUACCGCGCGGAGAAGAUGUCCCUGGUAGAUCUGGGGAAGCGGCUUUUAGAAGCUGCACGAAAUGGAGAGGAUGAAGAAGUGCGUACACUGAUGGCUAAUGGAGCCCCUUUCACCACAGACUGGCUCGGAACCUCACCACUGCAUUUAGCGGCACAGUACGGUCACUGCUCCACAGCUGAAGUGCUGCUCAGAGCAGGUGUCAGCAAAGAUGCCAGAACCAAAGUGGACAGGACUCCUCUGCAUGUGGCAGCUACGGAGGGGCACGAGCUCAUUGUGGAUUUAUUAAUCAGGAGUGGUGCAGACAUCAAUGCUAAAGAUAUGCUGAAGAUGACCGCACUACACUGGGCUACCCAGCAUGGACACCACAAUGUUGCACAGCUAUUAAUCAAACACGGUGCUGACGUUCACGCUCUCAGCAAGUUUGAUAAGUCCCCAUUUGACAUUGCGAUGGACAUACAGCAUGCUGGACUUGUCAAUUUACUCCAGGAGGGCAUGCGGAAGCAGGUGAACCGAAAUGCAGAAGCAUCGAUCUUAAAUGGAAAUGUCACACCACAGUUCAUCAUCCAGGGUGUUCCCAACAUCCAGGGAGGAGUCAUCAACAUCGCCGACCUCAUCAAACCCAAUGCCGGUGAUACAGAGGAGGCCAUUGCAGUCAGUGCUUUAGACACCGGCAUCCAACAAGUGGUCAAUGAAGUUGGUCAGAGGGUAAUCACCAUAAUGACCGAUGAACAAGGUCACCUCCAGACCAGACUGGGACAGCCCCUCUUUGUGACCAUGCAGAACGGGCGUCAAGUGUUGGCGGUUCCAGCCAGUCAGAUAAAAGAAGAAAUUGUAGAGGAGGAGGUUGAGCCUCCAACCCGGAGAAGAAAAAUUGAAGUGGUGUCCAGUCCUCUGGAGCAGAGUGACACGGAGCAACUGCAGAGGCAAUUGCAGGAGGCCAACCGUGCGGCUGCAGCCUUUCACCAGCAGCUCCUGCAGAAGGAGAAGGAGGCUGAGGCAUACCGCCGGCAGCUGGAAGCCAUGGCCAACGGACAGGCCACGAAUGGCACCCUAGGGGGGCAACAAGUCAUCAUUCAGGAGGAGGUGUGUGUGGAUUCUGCGCAGAUCGAGGGAGAGGAGGAGGUUCUGCUGCUUUCAGAUGGUGAUGUUGUGCUGAACACAGAAGAGGUUGAUUCCACAGAGGAACCACAGAGCAUAACCAUCCACACCAAACUCAUGUCCUAGCGAGAUGGACUCAUGGACUUGCUCAGGUGGUGAAUAUUUACAUCAGCUGUGUUGUUUUUCUUUUUUUGCCGGAUGUUUUUUCCCCUUUACGUUUGUCUUAUUAGUUUUUGUACAUUUUUUGUAUUUGUCUUAAUCAGAUGAACUAUGGGAAGAAGCAGCUUUAAAUAGUGACACAUUUUCUACACUCUUAAAGGAUCAGUUCAGAGGUUUUCUAACUCUUACUCCAAAUUUAGUCGAUCAGUGAACAACUGUUUGUCUGUAGUUUGCCUCACUAGAUUAAUACUGGAGCUUACAGGCUAGUGUAAUUGAAGUCUGUGUCAGCCAGGACGAUUUUAGAUUAUGUACAUUAGCGUUUAAAAAUUUAAACAAUGACUCCAUGUUUUCAAUCAUAAAACGUGUUGCAGAUAAAUAUUAAAAAUUAACUCCAUUGUUACGCUAGUGGUAUAUGACAUUGUUUGCAAAUAAUCAAUAGGAAAAACUAAAGCACAUUGACAAUGAAGUUGUAAUAAGGUUAAUAUCUAGCAUCUAAAAGAUGAUUUUGAUGAGCGCUAAAAAAAAAUCGCAAUACAAAUAGUUAAGGUAGUUAAAAGAUAAUUUUAUAUUUUUUAGUUCUUAAAAUAUAGAAUAAGAAAUUUAAAAACACAGUUUGGUUAUAUUAACAUAUAAUUGCAAAACAGAUGAACAUAAGUAAUUUCAAACCUCCAAGUACUGUACAUUUAGCCUUAUGGCUUCAGUUACUCCAAAACUAAGGAAUGACACUAAACAUGUCCUGGCUGAUCGACUAUGUUUAGGGUACGAGGGAGGAAAUUUAUUUCUGUAAACUGUUUCUUUAACAAUAAAGAUGCCAAACAGGGUUCUUCAUAGCAACAGUAAAGAGUCAUCUGUUUAUUCUAUGAAUCUUUAAAGAACCAAUUUUGUGACUGAUGAACUUAAUGUAAAGGUUCUAUUACCAAUUAGGUUCUUCCUAGAACUGUGUGCCUGAGCCAGAAACCGUUUGGGGACCUUUAUUUGUGAGAGUGUAUGCUGGUAAUGGAAGGGACAGGCAGUGAGACAGACAAACUUAAAAUACAACCGUGUCCAUCAUCUUUGUCCAAAUCCUGCCCAAAGUCAUCCUGGAAUACUUUGUGGAAAAGUUUUUUUUUUUUAGUUCAGUACCUGUAAAUAAUGAGGGCCUCAAUCCUCAGAGGCUGUUUGCUCAGGAUAGGUUGUUCUGCACACGUCCUGUAAUUAUCUUCAUUGUUUUAUUUUUUUCUGUGAAUUGAUCUGUAAAACAUCCCAUCUCUUUCACUCUGCUUAAUGAACUGCAUUGCUUAUGUAUUUGUUUUUAGCCUUUUCCUUAAUUUUGUUUCUGUUUCAGGCUAUGGCCCAGUCUUAUAAUACGCUUUGGUAUGUUUUCCAACAAUUUCCAAAUCUGUUAUUUGUCAUGUAGAGCUAUUUAAAUGAAUUUCCCACUGUUUUCCA